AUGGAGGGUCUCAUCCCCAUGGUGUUCAAGGCAUUCAAGAAAAACAGAGUUCGCAGCCAAUACAGGUGUCUCUCCUCAGGAGCUUCUCAAAGUUACAACAUAACUGAUUUCUACACCAAUAGCCAGAGUCAUGUAUACAUGUUGCCUUCAACUGAAAAGGUAGGUGGUUUUCACACACAGAGAAAUGGUCACAGGAGACACAAGUCUGUUGGAGAUUAUGCCGUUGAAUUCUCAUCAUCUGGAGAAAACAUGAGAAGAAUGGAAGUUGCACCUCCUGCCCCCCAGAAACUUGUGAGGUUUAGGAGCCACAGAAUGUUCUCAUGUGUAACUGGUGCCUAG